AUGACUCUCAAGUAUCUCAUAACCGGGGCCACUGGUGGUUUAGGCGCACAAGUGCUGUCCUACCUUGUUGCCAAUGUCCCCGCAUCAGAAUACGCCGCCGCCUCCUCAAGCGAAGCCAACCGCAAGCGAUUCGAAAACCAGGGCAUUGCCUUCCGGGUAGUAAAUUACGACGAUGCCUCAUCGAUGAGGACUGCAUUCGAAGACGUCGAGAAUCUAUUGUUCGUGAGCACCAACACAUUCGACGUCGAAAAGCGAGAGAAACAGCAUCAAGGCUUCAUCGACAUAGCGAAAGAGAUGAAAGUUAAACAUGUGUGGUAUACUUCUCUCGCCUUUGGUGGCCUCCAGUCCGACUCCAAGGCAGAUGUGCAACGAGCGCAUUUGAUCACCGAGGAGAUGCUGCGAAACGCCGAUAUCAACUUUACGUCAAUUCGUGAAGGGCUAUACACCGAUGCUUUCCCCAUCUUCAUGGGCUGGUACCCCAGUACCGAGAAGGUAUAUGUGUCGUCAGAUGGUCCGAUCGCAUUUACGCUGCGAGCAGAACUAGGCGAAGCCACUGCUCGAUUGAUAAUUCGAGGUGGCUAUGAUAGAGGAAUUGUGCUGCUCACCGCACAGCAGACGGUGACUUUCGCUGAUAUAGUCGACGUGAUCAAUGAGACCACGGGUCGACAGGUUCAGCUGGAGAUAGUGUCUCCUGAGGAGUUUGUGAAAAUCAAGGCUGCGGACCUUGGAGGGAAGCCGGGAGCUUUCUUUGAGAAGGUAGUGACAUGGUAUGAUGCGAUCGGGGAAGGGGAGGCUGGAGUCACUGAUCGGCUUAUGGCGGAUUUGUUGGAGAGGGAGCCGACGCCGGCCCGAGAGGCUAUUCGCGCAUUUUUGAAGGAGAAUCGGGACUAUGAAUGGCAUCAGAAUUAUGUUAAUCGUGAUUAG